UUCCAUCGCGUCGGUGCAGUCGUCGUCCGCCAUCAUGAACUCGAAACCGAAUUUCCAGCGUCAGACCAGUCAAAAAUCGUACGCGAAAAAAUCACCAACCAUCUGGGACGAAUACCCGCCCCUGACUUCGUCGAAACGCGAAAGCUACGGCAGGAGGGCCUCGCAGUUCAUAGCAGGACACAUCAAAUCGUACAAAGUGUACCGGAAGAUCGCCAGGCUCAGCAGGAAAUGGUUCACGCACAUAUUCCUCUGCGUCGUCCUGCUGCUCUACACCGCAGGAGGGGCUAUAGCGUUCCUGACCGUCGAAGGACGCAACGAAUCCAAGUUGAUCAAGCAGGAGAUCCGUCUCGAGAUCAGGGAACUGCUCAGGCAGCUCAGGCUGAAGGCCCACGUCAUUCCUGCUAGGUAUUCGGCGGAGGAAUGGGUGGGGGAGGCUUCGAGGGUGAUCAUGAGGUUCGAGGAGAGGAUGACCGACGCGUACGACAAGCAUCCCCUAGUGGUGUCCAGUCCGAAUCAGGAGGUGUGGACCAUAUGGAAUUCGAUAGUUUACUGCGCGACCCUGUAUACGACAAUAGGUUACGGCCAUCUUUACCCUACCACGUUCACCGGUAGGGUGUUGACUAUCGCCUACUCCAUAAUUGGGAUACCGCUCUUCCUGAUCGUGCUGGCGGAUUUCGGUAAACUCUUCACCAAGGCGAUCAAAUGGGUUUGGUCGCGUUUGAGGCGACUUUGCCAGACUGGCGGCUGCCUACGAGCCAGAAAAACCGCCCAUAUCCAGGAAAUACUAAAAGGGGCGCAGAUGAUGUACCAAAUAGCGACGUUCCGGAGGAACUCGAAGGCCCCACUCGGUGAAGAACAAGAAGCCGAUGAGGAAAACCCCAAAGGUUUGGAGUUCCAAACUAGCGUCGAAGUCGACGAAAACUUCGACUUGCCCGUUACGCUGGCCCUGUUCAUCCUGGUCACUUACAUAUUCUGCGGGGCGAUCAUCUACAUGUACUGGGAGGAAUGGGACUUCUUUUCGUCUUUUUACUUCGUCUUCAUAUCGAUGUCGACGGUGGGGUUUGGGGACUACGUGCCUCAGCAGCCGAUCUGCAUGAUAGCCUCGAUCAUCUAUCUAUGUUUCGGCCUCGCGUUGAUGUCGAUGUGCAUCAACGUGGUGCAGGACAAGCUCAGCGACACGUUCCAGCACGCGUCCGCCAAGAUCAGCACCGGCUUGGGCAUAGACGAGACCCCGACUUCGGAAAAUGGCGGCGACGGAGACACUCCGAAGGUUCACACGGCGGUUAUCGUUGACGGAUAGGCGAGGCCGAGGUUGCCCGAACUGGCGACUGGUUGGUUCAAUUAUCCUGGAGCUAAGUUUCGACUGGCGCAGUCGUGGGGAUCGGCCGUGCGAGACGAGCAGCCAGACAAGCCGAGUUUAUGUUUAAUCUGUUGUGUCGUACUACGAGAGGCGAAUAACGGUGUUGACGAGAAUACAAUUGUUU